CACCUUUCUCGAUAGCAAAUGUCGCCAUUCUCCACGAGCAACCGGCAUUGCUUUUCUCCCCGCAGAGUCUUCACCCAAUCAUUAAUUUCAAGAUACGACAGUAUCGGCGGUAAACAAGCCAAAAAUCGGUGCCUGCAGUACCGCCACCAAAAAAAGAGAGCUUCCCUCUUAUCGCGCAAUCAGCCGUGAAAAUCGCAACAUGCAACCCAAGACCCCAGCCGUCUGUCAUUCGCCCCCAAGCAACUUGCCGCUAAGUCAAGACUAGAAGAUAAUGCGCUUAUAUAACCAUGGGUCCUUGAAAAAAGUAAAACAUGUACAUGCUAUGCUUUUCUUGAGCUUUUUACUCUCUUAGUUAAGAUAUAUUUCAAAACGACCGGCCAGACUUCUACGUCAUGGCCCCCUUCGACUCCAAAGCCGUAGCGGGCCCUGCCUCACCAGCAGCAAGCUACAACAACGACGAUGAUUUCCAGCGAAUGGAUCCGAGCGGUGUUAAGCGCGGCCUCAAAACCCGCCAUUUGAGUAUGAUGGCACUGGCUGGAAUCAUCGGUCCUGGUAUCUUGGUUGGAACGGGAGGUGCGCUUGCUCAGGGCGGUCCGGCGUCGCUGCUCAUCGGAUUCGGGAUCAUCGGUAUCAUUGCGUUCAGCAUUACACAAUCGCUGGGCGAGAUGACGACGCUGUAUCCGACCGGUGGGGCGUUCGUUACGCUUUCUGAGCGCUUUGUGGAUAAGGCUUUUGGCGUAGCGGUCGGAUGGCAGUACUGGCUGGUGUGGGCGUGCGUGCUGGCGAACGAGUACAACGUCAUUUCGUCGAUUAUGGUGUUCUGGGGCCCGCAGGUGCCGCUAUGGGGCUACUUUCUGAUCUUCUGGUUUGCGUUUUUGGGCUUCCAGAUGCUGGGUGUUGAGUCGUUUGGAGAAGCCGAGUUUUGGCUUGCGCUGGUCAAACUUGCGGGGUUAUGCACUUACUUUAUUUUCGCCAUUAUUUACGCCUCGGGGGGACUGAUUGGGCAGAAAGAGGCGAUUGGAUUCCGAUACUGGCACGACCCGGGUCCUUGGGUGAAUGGAUUUCGCGGAGUAGCAACGGUUUUUGUUUUUGCUUCGACGUUUUACGCGGGCGUGGAAGCCGUUGCUGUUGCGGCAACUGAAACCAGGAAUCCAUCUGUGGCCGUUCCCCUCGCGAUCCGACAAGUCAUUUGGCGCAUCCUCUUUGUUUAUAUGGGAGUUGCGUUCUUCUUUGGCCUUACUUGCCCGUCGAACGCAGAUGGGCUCGCGAAUGGAAGCAGUCGUGCGUUGAAGAGUCCCAUGACUAUCGCACUGCAGAACGCUGGUUGGGAAGGAGGAGUGCACCUCAUCAAUGCCUUCAUCUUCAUCACCGUCCUGAGCGCGGCAAACAGCUCCAUUUAUAUCGGAUCUCGAACCAUACUCUUCAUGGCACAGCAGAAAAUGGCGCCGAAAUUCCUGGGAAAGACAAAUAGCCGCGGUGUACCAAUCUACGCCAUCGUUUUCACAAACCUAAUCGGGGCCAUCUCCAUGAUGAAUGUCAGCACGGGAGGAGGCAAAGCAUAUUCAUAUAUUGUCAACCUGAGCGGCGUUUCCACCUUUCUCGUCUGGGGCGCCAUAUCCUUUACACAUAUCCGCUUCAGAAAAGCCUGGCAAGCUCAAGGUCGAACUCCAGACGCUCUACCGUUCAAAUCCUUUCUCUAUCCCUGGAACGCCUAUUUUGGACUUUUCGCCAACAUCUUCCUCACUCUUGUUCAGGGCUGGUCCACCUUGAGCCCGUUCAGUGUUGGAAACUUUGUCGACGCUUACAUCAUGAUACCUGUAUUUGCAAUCAUCUACGUUGGUUACAAAAUAUGGUUCAAGACGCGGUUCUGGAGGAGCGAGGAGAUUGAUUUGGACUCGGGUAGGAGAAAGGAUCUUGAUGCAAGAGAUGUAUAUGUACAUGGUGAGCCGCACAGCGAGCAACGGGGUAAAGCAAGAUAUCUACAGGAUCUUUGGCGCAAGCUGUGAGCAGCGUGUUUGCUAUUUUGAGGAUUAAGAGUGGCGCAGGCGUUUAGAUUAACAGCUCUAGAUGGAUGUGUGGCUGAGGAUGGAUGUCCCAACGCCGUAUUCCUGGCCCCGCUUUCCUUCCAUUCAUAAAGCAAGUCGCUUGUAUAGAUCGCAUUAAUUUAUAGUCAUACAACAAGACCACG